GACACACACACACACUGGUAGGCUAUACUCUUGACAGGAUGAACUGAUGAACAGUAGCAAGUCAACCGGACACUGUACGCGUGUGCCUUUUAUGUAGCUAUAAUAUCUUGUAGGUUAAAAUAGUUGAACUAAAAUUGUCAGUUAUACCCAAAUCCAUUUUGAAUGCUGUUAAAAAUACCGCCGAGCUCAAGUAAUGGCACUGUCACAGGUUCAGUGCCUUGAUAACAAUCACAUCAAUUUGCGCACAAACGAGUCCAAGCCGGGGUUCUUCUACAGCGAGCAGCAGAGACUCGCGCUGGAAACACUCAUAGAAGACGGACAGGACGCUUAUGAGGACUACAUCCAAACAAACAACAUCCGCUGCUUUCUAUCAGACCUUGAACUUCAGAGCAUUCUCAGCACUGUGGAGGUGUAUUGCCCGGGUUCCCCUGAUUUUAACGCUGAGCUGCUCGGCGACAGUGAUGGGGAAGAGGUUUCGCUUCAGUACUGGCCUGACCGCUCGGACCGCUCGAUCCCGCUGCUGGACAUCGGGUGGCCGGACCGAGCGUCCUACCGCGGACUGACUCGCGUUCAAGUGUACACUCAGCCUCCUUAUGAGGGUCAGUCACAUAUUAAAGAGGUCGUUAGAAAAAUGAUCUCUCAAGCUCAAAAGGUUAUUGCAAUUGUCAUGGACUUGUUCACAGAUAUUGACAUUUUCAAAGAUCUCCUGGAUGCAAGCUACAAGCGGAAGGUUUCUGUGUACAUUAUGUUGGAGGCCACCGGAGUGAAUCACUUCCUGAGAAUGUGUGAGAAAGCAGGCAUGCACACUGGACACCUAAAGAACAUGAGAGUGCGCAGCAUCAGAGGGACAGGAUUUUUUAGUCGAUCCUCAAAGAGAGUGUGUGGAAGCCAAAGCCAGAAGUUCAUGUUUAUUGAUGGAGACAAAGCAGUCUCAGGGUCAUAUAGUUUCACGUGGUCUGCCUCAAGACUGGACAGAAAUCUCAUCACGGUCCUCACUGGCCAAGCAGUCGACACGUUUGACUCAUUGUUUCAGGACAUGUAUGUGAUGUCUAAUGGAGUGUGUCUGAGCAAGAUUAAUCUAAGCAGUGAGCCUGAACCUGAUUUCCUCCCUCAAGUAGUACCCACUCUACUUCCCUCAGCCACAACAGCACUCAAGCUUAUUAACCCGAAAUACACUCUUGUCUCCAACUGCGCUUUCACUUCCAACGGACCUGCAUCUGACCAGACAAGUGCCAAGAACAGCACUUCCAGGAAUCAGCCAGAAGUCAUCAAACGAAUUAAAGACACACCAGUGGUGCCACCGGUUCACCCGGGACUGCUCAACCUGGAAAAGGCAAACAUGAUCAAUUAUGUGCCAACCUGGCCUGAUCCUGACCCACCGAGUGAUGUCAUUGGUUUUAUAAACAUAAGAGACUCCAACAAGCCACUGCAAGCUCACCUAAUGCGUUCAGAACUCUUCGAAGUGUCUCAAGCCAUCCGAUUCAAGGAUCCUCUUCAUGAGCCAAAGGAGUCUUUGAGGGAUUGUCCUGGACCUAUAUCCCAAACUACCUAUGAUCCUGAAACUCCAGCUCAGAAACAAACAUCAGGUGAAGCGCAGGAGUAUUUUGAUCAAAAUCAACAUCAAAGAAGCAGCCAGAGAGAGAAGCUUAUCUCACCUUUGGAGAAGCCAAAAACAGUGCAUGUGCUUGCCUGUAGUAAAGUAAAUAAAGAGCAACUAUGUGUGAUGGAAAAAGAGCUGGCCUCUAUAUCUUUACAGAGAAAAAACAUAAAUAGGGAAAAAGAAAACUUUCCCAAUACAAUUUUAUCUUUUGCUCAAGAUGAUACAGGUAGAAAGCAAGCUCUGGAUACUCCAAAACCUCUAAAAUGUCCUGCCCAGACCUCAGAGGAUCUUGAAUUGAAAUCAUCAUCAUCAGCGUUGUCCAUCAAAAAUCAUUAUGAAUCAUUUGCAAUCUCAGAAACCCCUUCUGUUAUGCAAAGCCAAGAUGAACAAGUCAUAAAUGAUGUUGCCACUCAUGACUACAGAGAUACAAAACCAGACACAAACCAAAAUGGCUUGAAUGGUCUGUAG